UCCUCCCCCAGCCCCCUUUCCAGCCUGGGGUUUCUGGUCCUUGCAUCCAUGCCUGUGAUUUCAGGACACCAGCCCCGUCCUUCAUGCUGUCGCUCUGGGCUGAGCAGCCUGCACCUCUCCUGGGCAGCGCUCCAGUUUACUCGUGUACCUAGACUUGGUUGUGUGUCUGCUCCAGGACAAGGGUCUCGGUGUGUGGUCCCGUAACCUCCUUGUUUGCAGUUGGCAGAAAUCCCAUAAAAGCCUGCAGGCCUUUUUGCUUUCGCAGGUUAGUGGGAAGAGACAGUCUAGUGUACCCAUUAAGCAGGGAGGGUAAGCGCUUUCUCAUUGGCCUCUAGGACACACACCAGCCUGGCUUCCGUGCCAGCUGCUUUCCCUCGGGGGAUAGGUAAUGUUACAGAAAUCUGCCCCAUCGUUGUUCUGCCUAUACCCCUUUGAUAGGGGCAAGGACAGCCCGUAGCUAUCGUUACACCUCGUACAGAUGCUCUUGGCCAUUUACUAAGAUCAGGUGGAGUCAAGCUGGUCUACACGGAAAACUUACAUUGGCAAAGCUCCGAUGUAAAAUAUCCACACCCCGCAGAGCUGUAGUUCUGCUGACCUAACCCCCCUGUGUAGACAGUGCUAGGUUGACGGAAUUCUUCCAUUGACCCAGCGACAGCAGUGGGAGACGCCCUCUCGUCACUGUAGUGUCUGCACUGAAGCGCUGAUGUGCUGCUGUAGACAUAGCCUUAGAAGGAGGAUGUGAGAGUAACUGACAUGGAAACAGCAGCAGGUUUGAUGAUAGACUCUGAGGCAGGCACAGCCGGGGUUGGGUCUGUCCCUCUCCUCUCUCUUUUAAAGCCUCUUAGAGCUGUGGUGUGAGUGGCUGCAGCCAGGGUGGUAGGGAAAGUCAGGUGCAAAUUCUCUGCCCCUCAACUCUUCCUCUAGUCCUGUUGCAUGCCUAGCACAUCAAGUUCUGCCCCAGCUCUGAUCAUCCACCUCAGUCCUGUCCUGCAGCACCCUCCCCGCCCCUCCCCAGGCCUGCCCCUCUUGUGCAUUUAGUGGGCUGGUUUCAGAUGCAGGCUGGGGCCUAGGUGGGGUGUCCAAAGCUCACUGUGGUGUGGGGCUCCAGAGUGGAAAAGCUCAUGUAGGAAGCCUGCUCUCCUUCCCUGUUCUGUGGCAUGUGGAGGGCAGAGGGGGUUGAAAGAGCAGCAGGCUUGAGAUGCAUCCCCUCACGCAUUCUCACAGGGCCAUUGAAGCCUGGUGCUUGGCACUGGGAGAGGCCAGGGCCCCUGCCAGAGGAGAAGAGGCAGGAUCACUGCUGGCAGGUGUCCUACUGUACUUCUGUAGUAGCCACACUAACAACAAACCAGACCUAUGCCAUGGCACUCAGCUCUGCCAUAGCAGAGAUUUCAUGCGGAGGCUGGCAGUGGCUGGGAGCAGUCUGAGAAGCCUGCUCCCUCCUCUAUUAGAGACACUCUCUCCACAGGGACUCACUUCCCCCCCCAUGGCCUCCCAGUCAAUAGGACAUAGGCUGCUAAGAGAAGUGCGAGGCCCACAGGCCAGUGCCAGUCCAUGCACACUCCCCUCAGUCUCUCUCACACACACACUCACUCACUCACUCUCUCCUUCCUCUGCUCCUUUUCUUUCCUCUUCCCCACCCAUUUCUCCUAGCUCUGUCCUUUCCAGUCUGCCAUGGCCUUCUUGCUGUAUCCCCCACUUCCGCCCAACUGUCUUGCCCUCUGUUCCCCCCAUUCCUGCUCUCUUUGUCUAGUGUUUCUAAAGCCUCACCAAUUAGCAGGACUCCCUGUUGCCCAGCUCAGCUUUCAGCCUGUGUCCUUUCAAAGAAAGGCAAAUUCCUCCUCAAGGAGACCAGGUAUCGCUCCUUCACCGUUGGAGCAAUGACGGGGUUACAAAUCCUCCUCCAAACAGCAGGUGGCUGCAGCAAAGGCUUCCCAUGACCGUGAUUAUUUCUCUCUCGAGAAAACUAACAGUAGUUUUUAUUAGAUCGUUCACUCCCACUGCAGCUUCAGAGUGAGAUGUUAGUGCCCAUACUAGGAUCCAAACAAAAUCCAGGGCUAAUCAUUCAGGCAUUGCCCUGGAUAGUGUUACUUCAGCCUGUGCUGGUGACUGAGCAUCCGUACAGGCCUGUGCCCCAGUUACUGCCCUCCAACCGGUUCCAAAGCCCAAUGAGUGGAGUGUGAUCCCUCAAGCUUUCAAGAUUUACUGGCUUCAAAGCAGAGCUUUCUCUGCACCUUCCCUGUGCUUUCAGCUGACUGAAAGCACCCAUGUGGAGUUAGGGUGUCGCAGUAUGGUGCAUGCUCAGCACUUACAUCCGUUGCAGUGUGGUUGUCGCCAUGGUGGUCCCAGGACAUGAGAGGAGACCAGCUGGAUGAAGUUAUAUCUUCUGUUGGCCCAACUUCUGGUGGUGGAAGAGACCAAAGCUCAAAAGCUUGUCUCUUCCACCCACUUGUAUCCAUGUCAUUCAGGGCCACCGCUUUGGGAGGCGGUUACUUUCUGCUCUUUGGUGUUCUCUCACACCUAUCUGGCCUUUGCUUUGCCUUCUGCAUUCAGGGUUUGUUUCUGCUAGAGCUGGGAUCCCUUCCUGCCUGAAGAAGGCACCUGUCCUAGCAGAGAGAAGGCUCGUGAGGGGAAACAAGGAGCUAAACUGCAAUCAGUCCAGUGGCCUGACCUAGUGGCUGCAGAGAAUAUAGUAUGCAUUCCCUGCAUUGGAGCGCUGUUACAGCUCCUCCCUUCUCCAGGCUGCACUGGCUUCUGGGAUUUGCCCAUAGAAGGGAAGAAGAAAUCAUCCAUUGUUCUGAUUUUAUCAGUGAAAUCUCAAAGUUUUCCACCUCCUAGCCAUGGGAAAUGGCAACAAUCUACCAGGUCACCUGGCCCCUCCUCCUCCUGCUGCUGUGGGAUCCUUUGCUACAGAACAUGCCCAAGUUCAUUCUCUGCUUGGAAACCUCCCAGAUGAGGAAGCUCCCAAUGCUUCCCUUGGGAGACUAUUCUAUGGACUAAUUAGUCCAGGAACGGUCUCCAACCUUCACUCCCCUCCCCAAGCCUGUAUGUGGUACAACCUUAAUCACCCCAUGGCCAGAAGUGGAUUGUUUAGACAUACUGGGAGGCUGAUAGCACAACUAUGUGCCUGUGGUGUCCGGGAAAACAGAUGUUGCUCGGAAUACAGUGGAAGAUGUGGGGGAGCCAAGUGGGGUGAACAACCGGGGGAAUGGGCCAAGAGAUGGGGAGGGGAGAUCUCUAUAAUCGAGAGCUCUUGCAUUAACAACCUGGCUUGUGCCAACAUCUCAGGCCACCACACACAUUUCCUCUAGUCGGAUGGGGUGGAUCAAUUGUUCCCUGGCUGUUUAGCACCUAGCAUGUUUGAAGCCCUGCAGCUGUGCUCAGAGCGGGCAAGUGACCAGCUUCCUUUGGUCAGCUGAGGGCUGUCAUUCGUUCCUUGGCAACGGGACUGGAAUGGGGGGAGGAGGAAGGUGCUCUAAGCAGGUACUGUCUUGUACUGCUCUGAGGUGGCCUGGAGUUAGCAAGACAGAGAAAGGCCAUCCGUCUGUCAGCAGUGGGGUGUCCAUGCUGGGGAGGGAGAGGCAGCAAUUUGGUAAAUGGAAGUAAUUGAAUUAGUUGCUCUCAGCUGUGUGCCGCUUGGGAUGUGGUUACAGUUCAAACUCCGCCCCAGCGCGAGGGCGCUCUCCGAGCUCCAGGGAAGUGACCCAAGCACAUUCAAAGCCUGGCAGGAAGGGACCCUGAAGGGAGGUGGGGUGGCAUGGCAGUUCAGAAAGGGAUAAUUACAAGAAACAGACAGACCCUUGUGCUUCCCCGUGACUAGGGGACUCUCUGGGGAAAGGCUCUCAAGCUGCUUGCUGGCUCUGAGGCCCGUGUUCAGUUCUGGAGAGACUCUCUAGCUCAGCGGAGCCAGCUGAGAGAUAUAAGCAUGAGUCACCGCAGAGCCUCAUCUUUCCCUGAGAACAGCCCUCACCAUAAAAGGAAGGGGCAAUUCUUUGUAUGAUAAUCAAUCAAACCUGAACUGCCGGCCCCUGGACCCAGCCCUCUCUAGAACGCUGGGAGCCCCAGAAGUCAAGGUAGCUAUGGCACGUCAUCAUAGCAGCGUGAAGAUUGAUACCAGACAGCCCCCAAGGCUCUCCUGUGCUCCCUAAGGUGCAAAGACCUAGUUCCUCAGGCUCAAGACACUAUUCCUUAGCUAUAGCCAUCCCAGCAUUUUGAAGCGUUUCCACGGGCUUUGUUUUCCUGGUCACAUUCCCAUUCCUGUGUCUCCAGAUGUGUCUGCCCCAUAGACUUGGGCUGCAUCUGGGUCUUAGGCCCUAGCCAGCCUAAACCACAUUCUCUACUGCUUUUUGGUCUCCCAUCUCUAGUCUCAAACACCUCAGGGGCUGAGACUAGGGGCUGCACCCACGCCCUGGCCUCUAACUGCUCCCAGGCCUUUGCCUCUGUAAUCCAGUGAACUCUGUUCUCAGUUUCUGGUUCCUCUAGCCAACCAUGCUCUCGGUCCUCUAUUCAUACUCCUGAGUUUCUUCUCCCCUUGCUCCAAUGAGCUCUGGAGUCUGCUGUCUCUUGUCUUCAUUUCUGGUCACUAAUAGUUCUUUCUUGUUGGACACACUGGUGCUAGUGCUUUUUUAAUUCUUCCUGCAAAUCCACAAGAGCAAAAUUAAUACCGUAGCUGUUGGAGAAGCUGAGCAAAAUCCAACUGGAAAUCAACAGUAGGCGAAAUGCCCAGUCAUUUUAGGCAUGGGGUAAUUCUGGAAGGCAGAAUAUCCUGGCUUUGUGGGAUUUCAUUCCCUUGCUCCACGUUCACAACGGAGAAAUGUAGAGUAAUCUGUGCAAAAGGAGGGACAGCGAUGGAGACAGGAAAGCAGCAGGAGAAUCUCUUCUUGACUGGAAAGCUUGGGGCUCUCCCUCCAUAGUGAACAUGACACCAUGUAAAGUGGAGGUAGCUUCAGCCGUCUCAUUUGGCUCAUUUGGAAUCUUGGUGGCCGUUCUUCCUGUCUCCUGUUUAGAGAGAGCCCUGUGAACUCCUCUGGCAGGUGAGACAGCUUUUCCGGGUCACUGCUAGGGAGCCAUUAGUGGGAAUAUUUACUUGGAAAUUCAAUCCCGGCUCACGCUCCCCUCUAAUUGAUUGAAGAGUUUCUUUGAAGUGAAGAAGUUAAUUUAGUGUCUGAAUGGGGGAGGGGAAAGGAGGGCCUUGGAAAAGAGGCUUCAGGUAAGACGUUUCUUUAUUUCACACCUGCUGGAGACAAGUGGGUGAUCAGAGACUCUGUCUGCAGUUCGCCUCCUACAUGGACACACCUGGGAAAGUCCAGACCAGCUCUAGGUUUCACUGGACGCGUCUGGGUCAGCAGAGACCCCUCCCCGACCACCACAGUAAUUUAAUUGGAAUCUCACAUUAGUUUUUGGUGCGGGAAAGAGGGCAGUGCGAAGACCAGGCUCCACUUUGUUCCUGGACAUACCUGGAUUAACAGAGACCGCUCAAAUCCUCCUGAACUCACCUGUCCAAGACUCAGCCAUCUCUGCAGAUCUCUGAAUCACUCCGUGCAGGUAAGAUGGGAAGGAUUUCAGUGGGGAAAAGGUGCUCCGAGAAUGGGGGUGAUGCUGGGGUGGGGGGGAGAGGGAGCAUUCCCAGUGUUCACAAUGUUCUGCCCAUUGAAAUGCAUCUUCCUCUACAGCUUCUGUGACUUCAGACCCGUCUGGAGCAGAGUCUGGUACAAAUUGUGUCAAGAUUGCCAUGUUCCUAAUGGUUGUUCCCUCCUUUGGGGCUGACGUAGCCUCUUAAAAAGGGGGUGUUCCAUGCAGUGCUAAGGGGAGAGGGAAACCUAUUGGUUCUGAAGUGGGACUUUACUCUCCUCAGCAUAGUAAAUGUUCAGGACUAUCAAUGUACUCUUAAUGCUGAGGAAUGAAGGGGUGAAAUUAGCCUUGGGGAGGGGCAUUUCCUUUCCCCGUCUGUGCAGACGAACUCAUUUGUCUCUUUCUCUUCCCCCCUCCUCUUCUCAGCUGGUAACUUAUCCUCCCUGAAUUCCAUGUCUUUGGGGUUGCUGGAGGGUGGAGUUUGGGCUCCUUUGUGGUCACAGUGUAAACUAUUGAGUGACUAUUUGUAGUCACCUAGCCCACUGUAGGAGCUAUGUAAGUAACAAACAAAAAUUGGCAUGGUUUUCUUUAGGGAUGGGCAAGGUGGUUUGGAGAGAGAACCGUCCUGUCUGUCUCUCCCUGCUAGAAAUCUUGAAUUGACCCCAGAAGUUCUCUGAGGUUGAAGAGAUCUCUCUUCCGCUUUAAUAUUCCAUGUGUACUGGCUUUGGCUGGGCCUGAAUACUGCAGUAUCAUGAGUCUAUUUUGACGUCUCCUCCGAGCCGACAAACAAGCAGGGUGUAGUGCAGCCAUGAUUCUCUGGCAGCCGUGAGCUGAACAGGAUUACGCUUCCUCCACAGGAGUUUCAGGUGAGCAAGGUCUGGAUCAUUGUGGCUGCAUCUGACCAUCAGUCUUUGAAGUCUGGUUGUCCCAACUAUCAAGAGCCAGCUAUGGCUUCCCCAGCAGAGCCAGCCAGCUCACCAGGACGUCAGUAUGAGCCAUGUGCUGCAAUCUCAAUCCUUCAUUCAAGUCCUGGUGCUGUAAUCCUGCACAGCCUGCCGGCCCUGCUGAAGGUGGCUGGUGCUCUUGCGUGGGGGAGUGGGAAAUCAGACAGCAGGCUCUGAAGUCUCCUUCAGGAGCAAGAAAGCCUGUGGUCUUCAGGCUUCUAAGCUCUCCCCAUUAUCCAACCCUCCCCCUCCAACAAAAGAUACCCCCCCCUCCUGCGUCAGAGCAUGACCCACCUCUAGCUGAUGGAGGUCAGGGGAUACAUUCCCCAUGGGCAAGUCAUUCCAGAGUGUCUUUGUUUGGGGCUUCUCACUCCUUUCUCUGCAGCAUCUGGCUACUGGAACAGUGUCUCCCUGGUUAAUCUGGACUGCAGCUCUUUCACAUUUCCCUUCCCCGCUGCUGGAUGAGUGGGAUUCUCAUGGGCCAGAAGGUCAGGAAUCCUCCACCUGUCUCCUUUCCACCCAGGUGCAGCAGCUCUGCUCGGGUCCCUAGUGGAGGAUGUUCGGCUCAGAAUACAUGCUGUCCUCGCUCCCGGCUGCAUCUCACUUCUACAGCCCUGCUUUCUCGGCCCAGCUCACAUCCGCUCCUGUCUGCAGCCUCUUCCUCCCAGCUCCCCUUUUCAGCUACCAGCUCUUCCAGCCCUGCAGCCCUCCGGAGCCCUGCAAACAAGCAUUGCUGCUGGCGAGCCAAGGCGCAGGUUUGGGGGAGCUGGGGGACUUCUCAGAGGAAGCUCGCCCGCAGAAGCAGAGACGAGCCCGAGCCAAUUACAGCAGCUGGCAGCUGGAGGAGCUGGAAUCAGCCUUUGAGACCACGCACUACCCUGACGUCUUCAUGAGGGAGGCCCUAGCCCUCCGGCUAGACCUGAUAGAGGCCAGGGUUCAGGUUUGGUUCCAGAACCGCAGAGCAAAGCUGAGGAGACAACUGAAACUGCAGGGUCGAGCUCUGGACCGAACCCUCACUAGGGACUCGUCUGCCUCAGGACACAAGAAGCCCCAAGCCCCCCAGGAAAUCGAAGGUUCAAGUAAGAGCUCUAGAGUUGGAACACUGGAAGGAGACCCGGAACACUGGCUAAGCACUGGCCCCAAAGGGCAGUCUCCUCCUGGACCUCCCCUGUAUAGGGGAGCUGAGGCCACCGGGGGAGCCAAGGCCAGAGGAAAUUUAGUCCUACAGGACCCCCAGCUUGUGGGUCAAGGCACAAGAGCAUGAGGCUGAAAUUGACCUCCCCCCACCCCCCUGCAGUUCAGGAGCAGCCUGACUCAGAACCAGACCCAGCAGGGCUCUGGGCACACACAAAUAGUGCCUGAAACUGACCCUGACAUCAGUCCCCCCUUCCCGUACCUCUCCAGCCUCUGGGUCUUGGACCUUCGCUCCCAAACAAAGACUGUAACCAUUUCUUCAGGGGGCUAUAGUCACCGUGAAUGGAGCAGGGAACAUCAGAGGCAUUAUAGGGGCUUCCCAAGCCCACUGAAGGCCGUUGUCCAGCCUUGUCCAUCUCUGAGCACCCUUGGUGCCUCCCUGUUUAGUAGCUGUGGCCUGAAUUCCUUUUCUCUGAUUGGCGUCUGCAUUACACUUCCAAGCACCUGCACUCAACGAGGACAACAGCCUGUCAGAGACUUUGGUUCUAAGAUACCCUGGUUAAAAUCCUUCCAUAUUUGAGCAGGGACAGACCCAUCCCCGGCUCCAGGCUUAUUUCUCAGGAUCCCUUCACUAGAACACAUGCAUGAGCGCAUCCUUAGCAGGGGGAUGUCGCCGCUCUACUCUGGGUUGUCUUCUUCAAAUUAGGCUAUUUUUGUCAUAGGCUCUGGUCCAAUGAGCCUGUGUUUGGGAUGGUUGCCAAUUUUGAUUGGACGUAUUCUUGGAGGUUUCAUCACAUGACAUAGUCCCCUGGAAUUAAUCUUUAAUUAAAGAUUAAUUCCAGGGGACUCCAGGGCAAUCCUGUACGAUUGACUUAGCUGGGGCCUUGGAGCCCCUAGGCAAUAGAACUGGGCCCCUGAGCUGUGUGACAGUGCAGAAGUGUGAAGCAGGCAAACUCCUGAUCUUCAUACUAUAGCAUGGCUUUUGGGUCUGUGUGGAGUUCUCACCCGCUAUCCAGAGCCAGGGAGGGUAACCAGAUAUCCUCAUAUUAUCAGGCCUGUCCCAUUAUUAGGGGCUUUGUCUUGUAUACGCAACCAAACCUCCCCCUGAAAAAAGGUGUCCCGAUUUUUCACACUUGUUAUCUGGUCACCCUAGAGCUAGGGAUCCUUCUCCAUUGUUCAACUCUGUGCUUUGUGGCUUCCUGGCUAUUCCCUCCACGCUAUACCUCCCAUGACCACUAGAGGGCCUUGAGGUUCUGCAGAUGUUACCGCUCCUUAGAAGGUGCCUGGGCUGUGUGCGCUGGAGGAGGCCACGAUUCCUAAAUUCACCAGCGGCUGGACAUUUGUUUCUAGUCAAACCCUGUGAGGUGCUGGGUCAAACCCAAUCAGCCCACUGUCUGCAAAGGGUUGGGGGGAGUAUCUGAAGCAUCUUCUGAGGGUGAGGAAGGGAAACAAAAGUCUAACUUCUCUGCGGUAUGGCUGAGCCAAUGUCAUUGGUCCUAGCAUAGGGCUAGCGAGUGGGGGGAAGGUGAGCCCCUUUGUUCCCAUCAAUUCUUUCCCAUCAGUCUGGUCAAAAUGCUCCACGUAGCCACAGACAGAGGAGACAGACUGUACUGUGAGGGCCAAUUCUGCGUUGGCUGUGAGGACCAGGUGACCGUUCCACCCCCUAGAAGCCUUUGCAUCUCUAAUACUCACAAUCCUGUGAUGAAUGGAAAAGGGCAGGGAAAGUAAAGAAAGAUGAAGGAGGAAGCACAAUGCAUGCUCAACCAGACUCAAUGAGCUGGCACUCUUUCCUCUACCACCAGCUUUCUGGUGUCGGAUGCGGAGCAGAAGUAUUGGAUUAUUAGAGAUACUGCUGCAUUUAAAGUGAUUUGCUUUUUCUUCCUGUUGGAUGAUGAUCAAAUAAGUCCUAGAAAAGAAACUAGUUCAUAGAACUGUUCUAGAGUCACAGGGUGUAUUGUGGAAACUCCCUCUCUGUCCCCCACUGAUCAGAGAGCAAAGACACUAAGCCAGGAAUAUGAGUCAGACGUGGGCUAAGAAUCAUGUGUUCCCGUCUGAAGUUGCCCAGCGCGCAGAAAUGAAGAAAUGUGUUUCCAAAGGCAGAGUUGGUGGGAGAAAGGAAAGUUUUGAGCUGAGCAAUGACAACAGAGCAGCCAGUAACACUAGUUGCAGGAUACACGUGCUGAUUUUACACAUGCUGUAUAUGAGUGGCAUUCAGUGCCUGCAGCCCAAGAGCCAGGUGGCUGAAUGAUAACCAAACUCAUUAUCUGUGCACAUGUAAGUGCCUGUGUGUGCAUGUAUAGGGGAGUGUCUGUCAGCAUGCAUGUACUCGUAUGUUUGCAGGCAGGCACACACAUGUAAGCAUAUGAGCAAGCUUCUCCUUUCAGGGCCUGAAAGUAUGGGGGAAAUCUGUGUGCUGGGGGAAAGAUCCACACCAGGUUUUACUGCUAUUAUGGCCCGGCCUGUAUGAAUCUCUUCCCAGUGCUUAGAUUCCCAGUCCAAAGGCUGCUGUUGGACAAUUGGCCGGGUGGGGAUUGUCUCUUGGUUGUGUGUUUGUACAGUGCCUAGCACAGUGGGGUCUGGG